AUGGGAAAUUUGGGAGAGAUGUGUUGUUCAAACUCAAAGACAGCACUGCCUUUGUUGUGUUUGAACCAUGUUUCUUUUGUUUGCAGAUCGGUCAGCAGAUCUGUCAGAUUUUAUGAGCAGGUUCUUGGAUUUGUUCUCAUCAAACGCCCUUCUUCUUUCAACUUUGAAGGAGCUUGGUUGUUCAACUAUGGAAUGGGGAUCCAUUUGCUGGAAUCAGAAAGUGUACCCCCGGCAAAGAAAGAGAAGAUAAACCCCAAAGAUAACCACAUAUCAUUCCAGUGCUCCGACAUGAAGCAGGUGGUGAGGAAACUGCAAGAGAUGGGGAUAGAGUACGUGACAGCAGUGCUGGAAGAAUGCAGGGUUCGAGUGGACCAGUUGUUCUUCCAUGACCCUGAUGGCUACAUGGUCGAGAUUUGCAACUGCCAAAACCUCCCCGUUCUUCCACUUUCCACCACCACCAACAAUGACACAAAUUGUUCUACACUGGCUGCACUCAUGAUGGAGAAUUUGGUCCUCGACUUGUUGGACAUCUCAAUUUGAUGACAUGCAAUUUUGGAGAAGGUGUUUUUGUAUGAGGCAUACAUUUUUACCUUGUAUUAAUUGAUUGUAUUUUAUCAGCGUCAUUAGCCAGGAUCGUCCUGUCUUGAACAAACAAGGUACUGUCAUUUCCUUAUAGUUCGAUCAAUCCGUGAAUGGUGGUCA